AGUUGUUCAUAGUUUGAAUACUUGACUGUGAUACUUAAACGGUGAAACUCGAUAUUCAAAUUAUUACGCAAGGCAAAACAUGUUGUAGCUCACGGUUUUCAUUUCAUUGACAUUUGACAGGACGACAGAGUAAGACAGUAACUUAAUGCAAAAUUGUGACAUCAAUGGUACAUCUUAACCACAAACACCUGACUGUCAUGAGAGGACUAUAUGAGAACCAGGCUUAAGUUAAAAUUUAAUCCACUCGUUUGCUUGCAAUGUCAGUUUUGUGUCUGCAUUUUGAAGACGAAAUUGUGUUUUGAUUGGUGUAAAUUGAGUCAUAAUUAUGCAUGUAAAAGUAAUGACCACGUGCAUGGAAACGACAUUGUAAUCCUGUAUACACUUUGAUAUUUUUGGCGCUCACGAAGAGAAGGCAGUGUAUUGCAACUUGUAUUGUGACGAUCAUGGACCUUUUAUCCAGAAAAAUAAACGAUUUAUACAUAAAUGAGGAAGAUGCUGGUCUGAAAGAGCCUAUUAUGCAUUCAGAUUCCUCAGUAAAAAGUUUACCGACGAAACAUGGAUCGAAAGCGGAAAGUGACAGUAUGUUGUAUGAUUUACUCCUUCUUUGUGGUCCUCAACAAGACAAAGUUUACGCUCACCGUAUUGCACUACUCAGAAAAGCCCCAGUUUUGAGUAGCAUGAUAGAAGAACACAAGAACGAGGCAAGGAUUAUACUUUCUGAUAUGAAGGCAUGUGCUGUCGAGACGGUGAUCGAUUUCUUGUAUACGGGUCAAGUUGAACUUAAACCCAAUAAUAUUUGGGAUGUUUUAUUCGCAGCUGAAAAGCUCGAAAUCAACGAGAUUGUAAAUGCAUGUAAAGAAUACAUCAAGGAAAAUAUAUUAAUGGAGUCAUGGCUUUAUGCACGACAACUUGCUCUUGAAAAAAAUGCUGCAUGGUUGCUAACGAUAAUCGAUGAUUAUAUACGUGACAAUUUUCCAACACUUUUGCAAAGUGAAGAUUUCUUGCAAUUGCCUCGUUUGCAAGUCGAAAUAAUCAGCAAAAAUGAAGAAAUCAGGACUGAUCAUGAUAGAAUUCUAUCAUUAGUGGUGGACUGGUGCAAAAGGAAACUCGAAGAGGAAGAUCUUCUUGAAGGGUUACUGGAGCAUAAUCAUCUUGUAUACUUUUCUUCAAAAUAUGUCUUGAAAGAUUGUAUUGACUCAGAUUUUGAAGAUGAACCAGACUCCAUUACAGAUGCUCAGAAAGAGUAUAUAAGACAACAAGCAAAUGAAAAGCUACAAAGUCCUGGAAAAUCACCCAGACGAACCAGAAAUUUAAAUUACAAAUGGACUAAAGAUCAGUCUGGAAGAAGAGCAUUACAUUUUACAACAAAAGGUUGCACAUCAAGCAAUUUUGAUGAUGAAUUUGGUCUUCUUGCUGGAAUUGCCAUUUCAGAAGGAUGUUUUAUUGGCAUUGCACUAAUUGCUUCGGAGGUUGUAUGUAUUACAGCCUACUACAAUGAUCUCAUGCCCAACUGUAACAGUUCAGUCUCUAGUGAUUCAUCAAGUAGUACAGAUGAGAUGAGUUUUUCUCUGAUAAAACCCAUGAUUAGAGGCCGUUGCAGUGUUGGUGUUGCUGAGGUGAAUGGUAAGGUUUUUGUAGUUGGUGGAUAUGAUCGUGGACAGUGUCUGAAUUUGGUAGAGUGUUAUGAUCAAGAAAAAAAUGAAUGGGUACCUACAACAUCAUUGUCCAAUGCUCGUGGCAGACUUGGACUAUGUUGUCUUAAUGGUAAACUGUAUGCUAUUGGUGGAUCAAGUGGUAACUGUGAACUAAAAUCUACUGAAUGCUUUGAUUCUGAGAGUAGAUUAUGGAGUAAUGUGGCAGAUAUGUCAGUAUGUCGAAGUAAUUUUGAUGUCUGUGUCUUAAAUGGAAAAAUUUAUGCUGUUGGAGGAACCAAUGGUCGACAUCCAUUAAAGACAGUGGAGGUCUUUGAUCCUGCCCUAACAAAGUGGUCAUAUAUUGUCCCUAUGUCUGCUAGUCGUGAAGGUGUCUGUGUUGCAACUUUAAAAGGUUGUGUGUAUGCUUGUGGUGGUUACAGUACAUGGCAUUGUAUGGACACUGUUGAAUGUUUUAACCCUGAUGAAAAUUGCUGGUCUCAAGUUGCUUCUUUAAAUACUGCUCGUGGUGCAGGAGCUGCUGUUUUAAAUAACAAACUUUAUGUGAUUGGUGGAACAGAUGGUAGAACCAUUUUAAAGACAGUGGAAUGUUACAAUCCCGAAAACAAUACAUGGUCCUAUAUUGCAAGCAUGAAUUGUUGCAGACAAAAUGUUGGGGUAACCAUUGCAAAUGGUUACAUCUUUGUUGUUGGUGGGUUUGAUGGUGUUGCAUUCUUGAAUACAUGUGAGUUUUACGAUCCUGAGUCGGGUCGGUGGUGUGCAUUUACUCAAGUGUGACCAAAUAAUCCAUCUUGUGUGUAUAAGUUCACAAAGUUUGUGAAAUUGUGUUUCAUAAGAUGUUCAAAUAUUUUGAAUGAAAUCAAACAGUUUUGGUUGAAGGUUGCAGAUUUUUAUAUAAUUUUUAAAAUUUUGCAAGUUCUUCUUAGUCAUCUGUUGUAGUGGUAAGCUAAACUAGUUCACUAAAUACGGUGAGACUCUUGCAACAUUAUGUAUAUAUUCAAGUAUCAUCUAUAUAUUUAUGGUAGUGAGAUUUUUAGCAUGUUUGCUUUUUUUAUGCUGUGUGUUUAAAUUAUACUCUAACUUUAUUGCGUCGUUAUAAUAAGUGUGAAUAAAAUUCCUUGUCCUUCAA